GGCUGAGGUCGCCUUGGCGCUCCUGCGAGUCGGAAGCGCCCCGCGCCCCCGCCCCCUUGGCCGCCGCGCGGCGUUCGUCGUCCGAGGCCAGGACAGGGUAAGCCGAACCUCUGCAGCCACCGCCAAGUUUGACCGCGCUGCCGGGGCUGCUGUCGCCCGCACCAUGUCCGCGGCCGCCUACAUGGACUUCGUGGCUGCCCAGUGUCUGGUUUCCAUUUCGAACCGCGCCGCGGUUCCGGAGCAUGGGGGCGCUCCGGACGCCGAGCGGCUGCGACUACCUGAGCGCGAGGUGACCAAGGAACACGGUGACCCGGGGGACACCUGGAAGGAUUACUGCACACUGGUCACCAUCGCCAAGAGCUUGUUGGACCUGAACAAGUACCGACCCAUCCAGACCCCCUCGGUGUGCAGCGACAGUCUGGAGAGUCCGGAUGAGGAUAUGGGAUCCGACAGCGACGUGACCACCGAAUCUGGGUCGAGUCCUUCCCACAGCCCGGAGGAGAGACAGGAUCCUGGCAGCGCGCCCAGCCCGCUCUCCCUCCUCCACCCUGGAGUGGCUGCGAAGGGGAAACACGCCUCCGAAAAGAGGCACAAGUGCCCCUACAGUGGCUGUGGGAAAGUCUAUGGAAAAUCCUCCCAUCUCAAAGCCCAUUACAGAGUGCAUACAGGUGAACGGCCCUUUCCCUGCACGUGGCCAGACUGCCUUAAAAAGUUCUCCCGCUCAGAUGAGCUGACCCGCCACUACCGGACCCACACUGGGGAAAAGCAGUUCCGCUGUCCGCUCUGUGAGAAGCGCUUCAUGAGGAGCGACCACCUCACAAAGCACGCCCGGCGUCACACCGAGUUCCACCCUAGUAUGAUCAAGCGAUCCAAAAAGGCGCUGGCCAAUCCUUUGUGAGGUGCUACCCACAGAAGCCAGGGAGGGACGGACCCGGAAAGACGAAACUACUCCCAGCAAAAAGACAGACAUGCAAAUGAAGCCCCAGAAGAGGCCUGCCAGCACAGGAAGCCCUAUUCUUUGGUCAAUAUUUGAAUUUUCCUCUCCCUGCAUUGUUUUUAAAAAAAGCACAUUGUAGCCCAAGAUCAAAGUCCACACUUGGUCCCCUUGCAGAGGCAACUCUGAACCAUCUCUGAAUUUUGGAGAGAAGGCAAAUGCUUUUUAUUUUUCCCCUUUAUGUUUGGGGGGUGGGGGGCAGGGGAGCUGGGUAGAGGGAGAGGGGUAAGGCCAAGACUGGGGUAGAAUUUUCCAGAUUAAACACUGGUGUACAUAGUCUGACUGGGUGAGUUGACUGGCAUCACACGGUGAUUCCGGGCCCUUUCUGCUUGCUGUCUCUCAGAACUGUUUUCGUACCUUUUAAUGUAAUGACGAGUGUGCUUCGGUUUCUUUAGCAAAACCACUCUCUUGAAUCACGUUAACUUUUGAGAUUAAAAAAAAAAAUAACGCCAUAGCACAGCUGUCUUUAUGCAAGCAAGAGCACAUCUCCUCCAGCAUGACCUGUCAUCUAAAGACUUGAAAACAAAAAAAGUUACUUAUAGUCAAUGGGUAAGCAGUCUGAAUUUAUACUAAUCAUGACAAACCUUGGAAAGGUUACACUAAGUACAGAACUUUUAAACCUUGCUUUGUAUGAAUUGUACUUUUUGAACAUAAGCUGCACUUUAAUUUGUAAUGCAGAGGAUGAAUAAGUUAAGUUCAUGCUUUAAGGAUAGAAACAGACAUUCUUUUUGGAACCACAUUAUAAUCUGCUUAUUUUACAGUAUACACGUUUCCCUAAGAAAUCAAUAGAUGUGAGGGCAGAAUAUAUGCAACAGAUGCUGAAGGAGAAGGAGGGUAGUUUUUUUUGUUUUUUGUUUUAAUUUAAAAAGAACAAACAGAAUUUUGACUCUAUUAACUUUCCAAAUUUUCCUAUUCUUUUAGUUAAUAUCACCUUAUUGUACCAUAAUGCCACGAAGGGAGAGAGGGCUUUGACUCUGUUGGGUUUUAUUUGAAUGGGUGCGUAAUGGUAGACAGCUCUGGAAACACCUAUUUUGGGCGGGGGAAAAGGUUUGUUGGUCUCCUUCCCACGUUCCUACAAAACUCCCACUAACAGGUGCAAGAUUUAUGUAAAAUGAAAAGGGAGCUGAACUGUGAAAAGAAAAAUAUACCCCUAAAAGCAGUGAGUGCCAAGGGAAAUACCACGUUGACUUCAGGGGAGACUGCAAAGUCAUCCCUUUUGGAAAACAAAGGCACAUGGCAUGCAUACGAACGAAAACACGUCACUGUAGCUUUUACAUCAGAAGCCUCACCACUAUGUAUCUUGUAUCCAGGUGUCUACAAUGGCCUAAACCACUACACCCAUAACAUGCCAUUUGCCUGAAAACUUCAUCUUGGCCUUCAUGUGGUCAGAAAAAGUAAGCUGAGUUUUCAUAGUGAAGAAGAAACCUCAGACGGGGGAGUCAGCAGUGAUUGUGGGGAAAUGUUUACAUUUUUUUUCUCUUCAGAAAUAACGCUUUCUGACCAUUUUAUCUGAUAAUUAAACAGGGAGCUCUGGUGCACUCUGGUUUGCACACGUGCUGUAAGAUGUGUUGUGUAAACCUAGGGCACCUCCCUCGCAGUGAAGUCGUUAUUUCAGCUGAUACGGGCUCGUUUCCAGUUCAGAACCAGUGUGGGCUCCUGCAGCAGGCACGGGUCACAGCUGACUCCUACUUCCAGUACAAUAGCCAUCACUAGCACGGUGUUUUUUGUUUUUUUCUUUUUGUUUUGUUUAACCAACGUAGUUGUAUUAGUAGUUCUAUAAAGAGAACUGCUUUUAACAUUUAGGGACUGGGAGCAGUCCAUGGAAUAAAACGGAAAGUGUUUUCUCGUGGGAAAACAUGUCAGGAAAAAUAAAGAACACUUUCUACCUCUGUUUCAGAUUUUUGAAACGCUUGUUUUAAACCAAAUUUUAAUUUCUGUGUCCAAAAUAAGUUCUAAGGACAUCUGUUCUUCCAUACGAAAUAGGUUAGGCUGCCUAUUUCUUGCUGAACUCAUGGAAUGGUUCUGCUUGUGAUCCUCUGCACGCGGCCUUUUAGUGAGCGAGGAGUUUGGGGUUGCCUAGCAACCCACUAACUUGUACAAACUCAUCUUUCCCUCACAGAAAGCAACGAAGGAAAACCAGGCAAAGUCAGUGAAAGACAAUCUUUGUAGUUUCAGGAGUAAAUCUGUAUGUGGCUUUUGUCCAGCACGUAGAUGGAUGUGAAUGCAGCAACUUGUUUUUUAAAAAAAUGCACAAUUUACUUCCCCCCAGAAGUUGCUCCUUGCCUUUUCAAGUUGUUGACGAACACACAUUUGAUAUUCUAUUAUAUGUUAUAGUAAUGUAACGUAUAAACUCAAGGCUUUUUAUUCUUUGUGAUAAAUCCUGUUUUCCAAUGUCACAAAACAGGAACCAGCAUUCUAAUUAGAUUACUACAUUAAGAUAUGGUUCAACUAGGACUACUAGAGUUCAUUGAACACUAAAACUAUGAAACAAUUACUUUUUAUAUUAAAAAGACCAUGGAUUUAACUUAUAAAAAUCCAAAUGCAGGAUAGUAAUUUUUGUUUACUUUUUUAACCAAACUGAAUUUUUUUGAAAGACUGUUGCAGGUGUUUAAAAAAGAAAGAAAAGUUGUUUUAUCUAAUACUGUAAGUAGUUGUCAUAUUCUGGAAAAUUUAAUAGUUUUAGAGUUAAGAUAACUCCUCUCCUUGGUUAGGGAAGAAGAAAGCCCUUCACCACUGUGGAAUGAUGCCCUGGCUUUAAGGUCUGUCUUUACAUCAUGCUUCUUUUGAGACUCAUAUUUGGUAGUUAUAAUUACAGAAACUGAUUAGUUGUAAGUUUGCUGAUUUAGCACAGUACUCAUCACUCUGGAUAGAUUGAUAUGUUCCUUCACAACAGGUGAAUGAUCUGUAACACUGUAAGAUACUGAUCUUUACAACUGUUUAAUCAGUUUUAUUUUUGUACAGUAUUAGUGACCUAAGUUAUUUUGCUGUCCUGUUUUUGUAAAUCAAAUGAAAUUAUAAUAGAGGAUUCUGACAGUAGGUAUUUUGUACAUAUGUAUAUAUGUUGUCCAAAUAAAAAUAAUAAAAAUGAUAAAGAUUUCGUUGUUCCUGCCAUUACGUGUUUUAAUGAGGGCCUAUUUUGCCGUAGGGGCCACUUUAACCUCUGCUCACAGGAUUUUAUGAGGAUGCAAAGGUGAUUUUAUUACUCUAUGCUUUUCAACAUGUGCAAUAUUUGUAUAGAUCUGUGUGUAUUUACUAUUCACAGAUCUCUGAAGCAGUAGGUAGAAUGGAGGCUGCUUGAAACCACUGUAUAAUCCAGGAGGGGAAUAUUUAUAUUUUCAGGUAAAUCACUAAAAGAGGUUUGUAAAGCUCAUAGUAAGCCAGCGUGUGGUGGGAACUGAUCAGAAAAUGCUAGAGACUAGCUUGUGCUUCUGAGACAUGAUAUUGUUAGGAACACCCAGGUGGAGGUGUCAAAGGCAGGGCAGUGGAACCAUUAAACUGAGUGAAGAUGAACACCAAAGUGUGUGGUAUGUGUGUAAUUUAUAUAAAUAUAUACUC